AUGGAUGACCAGUUUGGCGGCCGCACCGACGACGAUCUCUUCUACGAUGACUUCGAGCCCGUUGAGAGCGAACCCGUCGUCGCAGAACAAGCUCCCACACCCAAGCCAGAGCCCACACCCGUAGCGCCGAUCCAAGAACCCGUCGCAGUCCAAGAGCAGCCUCCAGCGCAGCCACCCGCAAGCUCAGCGCCCCCCGCAAAGCCCGCCGGCCUCGCCUCAUCGCGAUACGCCGACAAGCCCGCCCCAGCUCCCAAGCCCGCACGACAGGCUCCCCCACAGACCUCGAAUGCGCCGCCAAAUGCUCCUACUGCUCCGAGGGAGAAAGGACCGCAGAAUACAGGAGCCAAUGCCACCGCACGACUCCAGUCGGGUGCUAACCCGCGGCAAAAGCUGACGGAGGCGGAGUUGGCUGCCAAGAUGGAGAGGAUGAAGUUGGUGUCUGCGGAGAAGGCGCGCAAGUUUGAAAAGGCCGAGCAGGACGAGAAGGAUCACGCAGCAUCUUAUGCUCGUGGAAUGGAAGAGGCUAGGAAGCGACGGGCCGCGGAGGCUGAGCGACGACGACAAGGCGAGGAGGAUAGGCGCAAGAUGGAGGAUGAGCGUGCUAAGAACCGGGAAAGGAAGCUUAAGGCUAUGGGUAUGAAGGAGGGCGGCUGGGAUGAAGGCAAGGAGGCUUUGGAAGAGGAGGAAGCCAGGAGAGGAUUCAGGGGCGCAAAUGGUGGAAUUCGAGGAUCUAGGAACGUUGGCCUGGGCGGCAGCCGUUACGCGUCGAGGGAUGGUGAAGAGCAUGAUGUGGACCGAUUCCUGGACGAUCGACAUCGAGGAGGACGAGGCAGAGGUCGUGGUCGCGGCGGUAGGGGAGGAAGAGGUGGACGAGGUGGGCAUGAAGAUGGGCAUGCGCCUCGGGCUCCCGCGCCUGUGAAGCAAUCUGUUCCAGCCGCGGAAGACUUCCCAGCUCUUCCAGGCGAGGGUAAGAAGGCUUCUGCGCCUGCACCAGCGAGCAAUAAGCCUGCAUUCGCAGCAGCAGCGGCAGCACCACCACCACCAUUGGCACCAUUGAGUCCUGGAGGAAAGUGGGGUGAUGAGAUGGAGGAGUUUGACGAGCUCAACAACAAGUCAUGA